AUGCCUUCUUUUCUACGAACCUGUCUCGUCGCGCCCGCUCUCCUGGCGGUAGCUUGCGCGCAAGGAGUGAUUUUGAGCGGCCAAGGCGCAAAAGGACCAGCCAGUCUUCCGCUUCAAGUGGAUUUAAGCAAGUCCGAUGCCAACAUCAUCAACGUCAACGAGAUCACCACCAACGUGGUAAACGAAUGCGGACGCACUCUGCUGGCCGGCAACAUCGACAUCGGCGAGCAGACGGAAAUCCAGCUCAGCAAUAAGACAGUGACACAGGUUACGGCAGGCAGCAAAGUGGAUAUCACCAUUGCCCAGCUCGACACAGACGGCGCCGGCCCGUACACGUGUGAUCUCGACCAGGCCUCAAACGUCCAGGGCGCCACAGGUCAGACCAACCUGACCGUAGCCGAGAAGGAUGGUGGGGACGGUACGAUCAAGCUGACAGCCACGCUCCCGGCCGAUAUGAAGUGCAUUGGUGCCUCCACCGGCAACGUCUGCACGAUCCGAUGCUUCAACAGCGCGGCCGCAGGGCCCUUUGGCGGCUGCAUCGCCAUCCAGCAGACGGACACGACGCCCAACAAGAACACACCGGGUAACAUCGCGACGGCACAGACCCUCCAGGGCAUCAACGCGCAGAUCCUGCAGGACCAGAAGGACCUCUCGAAAGCAGUGGCGGCCAACGUCGAGGCGCCCAGCCAGGGUGAUCAGGGCGUCGCCGCGGUCGACAAGCUCCUGAGCAUCGACUCGGCAGCCGCGGCGACCGCCGGCGCUGCGGGCGACGUGGCAGACACCGUGGCUACGGCGACCAGCGCAUCGGCGAGUGCCACCGCGACGGCGGGCACUGGUAAUGGUCGUGGUAAAAAUGGAAACGGCAAUGGUAACGGCAAUACAAACGGUCGUAAAGCCGGCCAGACGGCGAACAACGGGAACAACAAGAAUAACAACAACAAACGUCGGGCACAGGGCUUUUCUGCCUGA